AUGGCUUCAAAUAAGUUGCUUGUCAUCCUUGCCAUUAUGGCCGUCAGUUUCCCAACAGCAGCCAUGGCCAGUGAGUUUUGGGUCGGAGAUGCCAGCGGUUGGACCGUCGGCUACGAUUAUCAGGCUUGGGCUAAGGAUAAGGUAUUCCAAGUUGGAGACACACUGGAAGGAAACCAUAACGUCAUCGAAGCAAAUAAAACUACAUUCGAUAGUUGCAUUAUUCCACCGGAGAACGUAGCACUGCUACUAGCCUCUGGGCAUGAUGUGAUCACCCUAGCCACCCAAGGAGAAAAAUGGUACAUUUGUGGUGUAUCCAACCACUGUUCUGAGCUCAACCAGAAGCUGGCCAUCACCGUCGAGGGAGGAGCUCUGCCACCGGAACUGGCACCGUCACCGCCACCUAACACCUCAAACAGUUCGGAUUGUGGGUAUGAAUGUUACAUAGAUUCGUCAAGCGAUUCAGGCUAUGGAUUUCUCUUUUACGUAAUGAUUAUUGCAGGAUUGUUGCUAUUCGUUGGACUCCCAAUAUGUGUGCUUCGGGAGUUAUGCGGGGGAAGGCGCAGGAUUCUAAUACCUGUGAGGGGGCUUUGGGUUGAAGUAUGA